CCGCCGCUAUUCCUGCGCCCCGGCUCCCUUCCCCCUCUCCCAUCCCGGCGAGAGGCGAUGUCGCUAAGAAGGGGCAGCGCCGCCCAGAGCGGCGGCUACGGCCCGCGGCCUGCCCCGCACCGGAGAGCGGGCGGGAUGUGGGGGAAGGGGUGUGCGGGGAGGGUAAUGUGCGGGGGUUUUGGGGGGAGACACUACUGGGUUUCCUUCAACACGCCGUGCGGAGGCGCUGGGACUACAGGUCCCGUCUCACCCUGCGCUUAAAGGUACCGCAGCGGCCGGGGGUGACCGGCGGAGCGGGGGGAGGGAAGGGCCGAGCUCCUCGGUGCCUGCACUCAGCGGUCGCCGCUUCUCUUUCACCUCUCUGCUCUUCGCGUUGCCAUCUCGUCCUUCCCGCGCUCCCCUGGAUGCUGUCGGCCUCCCUUCCUCCUUUCCUUCCCGCCUCCUUUCCUCAGGUGAGCGGGGCGGGGAGAGGAAACAGCGCUCGGAGCCGCCCGGUGUCUCCGUCUCCUUCCCUUCAGCGGCCGGGCCCUAAGCCCCUCGGCCUUCCUCAGGGAGAGAGGUACCGCCAGGCGCCGGUACCGGAAGCCGGCCCGUGAGGAGGCGGCGGCGGCGGCGGCUGGAGCUGCCCUCCGGCGGUCGUCGUUCUCAGCACUGAAGAUGCAGAAACCAUGUAGCAUAAAGCUUUGAGAGGUUGUGCAUCAUCAGAUUCUCCCAACAGCAAUAAGGAGUGAAGAAUGAAGGCAACUGGAUUUAUUUCCCUGUGGACGUUGGUUUCACUGCCUUGUGUCCAGUUAGCAAAUCCUGCAGAACAUGAAGAUGUAGUAAAGCAUGCAAUAAAGCUGCACCGUGGGAAAGGAGCUGGGAUUGCUCAGAGAAAGCAGUGGGUGCUGGAAAGCUGCAGAAAACUCUCUGGUCUUCUUCGCCAAAAGAAUGUUGUUCUCAACAAACUGAAAAAUGCUAUAAGAGCAGUUGAGAAGGAUGCAGGGCUGUCGGAUGAAGAGAAACUUUUUCAGGUGCACACCUUUGAAAUUUUCCAAAAGGAGCUAAAUGAAAGUGAAAACUCAGUCUUUCAAGCAAUCCAUGGCCUCCAAAGAGCUCUGCAGGGUGAUUACAAAGAUGUUGUAAAUAUGAAAGAAAGCAGUAGACAGAGACUGGAAGCCUUGAGAGAAGCUGCAAUUAAGGAAGAAAUGGAGUACGUCGAACUAUUAGCAGCAGAAAAGCAUCAGGUUGAAGCCCUUAAGAACAUGCAGCAUCAGAACAAAAGCCUGUCAAUGCUUGAUGAAAUUCUAGAAGAUGUCAGGAAGGCAGCUGAUAGAUUGGAAGAGGAAAUAGAAGAGCAUGCCUUUGAUGACAACAAAUCUGUAAGAGGUGUAAACUUUGAAGCUGUUUUAAGGGUGGAAGAAGAUGAAGCCAACUCCAAAAUAAAUGCUUCAAAAAGAGAAGUAGAGGAUGACUUAGGUCUUAGUAUGCUUAUUGAUUCCCAGAACAAUCAAUAUAUUCUUACCAAGCCCAGAGAUUCAACCAUUCCUCGUGCUGACCAUCAUUUCAUAAAGGAUAUUGUGACAAUAGGAAUGUUGUCUUUGCCAUGUGGCUGGCUGUGCACAACAAUAGGAUUGCCAACCAUGUUUGGGUAUAUCAUUUGUGGAGUACUCUUAGGACCAUCUGGACUAAAUAGUAUCAAGUCUAUUGUACAGGUGGAGACGUUAGGAGAGUUUGGUGUAUUCUUCACUCUUUUCCUUGUUGGUCUGGAAUUUUCUCCUGAAAGACUAAGAAAGGUAUGGAAAAUAUCUUUGCAAGGACCCUGCUACAUGACAGUUCUGAUGAUUGCCUUUGGUUUACUGUGGGGACACUUGCUCCAAAUCAGACCAACACAAAGUGUCUUCAUCUCCACUUGUUUAUCUUUAUCAAGCACACCACUGGUGUCAAGAUUUCUUGCAGGUAGUGUUCGAGGAGAUAAAGAAGGGGACAUUGACUACAGUAGUGUACUACUUGGCAUGUUGGUGAUGCAGGAUGUGCAGCUGGGUUUAUUUAUAGCUGUCAUGCCUACACUUAUUCAAGCAGGAGCAAGCACGUAUUCCAGCAUUUUCAAGGAAAUACUGAGAAUACUGAUACUGAUUGGCCAAAUUCUCUUUUCUCUGGCUGCUGUUUUUCUUAUGUGUCUUGUUAUAAAGACUUAUCUCAUAGGACCAUAUUAUCGCAAGCUGCAUGCAGAAAGCAAAGGGAAUAAAGAAAUCCUCAUUCUAGGAAUAACUGCAUUCAUCUUCCUUAUGUUAACGAUCACAGAGCUGUUGGAUGUUUCAAUGGAGCUGGGAUGCUUCUUAGCUGGAGCUCUGAUCUCUUCUCAGGGUCACAUGGUUACUGAGGAGAUUAUGUCCUGUAUUGAACCAAUACGUGACUUUCUUGCCAUCAUUUUCUUUGCAUCCAUAGGACUUCAUGUUUUCCCCACAUUUGUAAUAUAUGAGCUCACAGUCUUACUAUUUCUCACAUUGUCUGUGGUCAUAAUGAAGUUUGUCUUGGCAGUGCUUGUCCUUUCUCUGAUUCUUCCAAAGACCAGCCAGUAUAUCAAGUGGAUUGUCUCAGCAGGACUGGCACAAGUCAGUGAAUUCUCUUUUGUUCUGGGAAGCAGAGCACGAAGAGCAGGGAUCAUAUCUCGGGAGGUCUAUCUUCUUAUUCUGAGCGUGACUACUCUAAGCCUUUUACUUGCCCCUGCCCUGUGGAGAGCUGCAAUUAUGAAAUGUGUUCCGAGACCUGAGAGACGCUCAAGUACUUGAUUAAGAUUUGCACAUACCCAAGAAUUCAUCUUCUUGAAAGGAAUAGCUUCAGUGCUCAUUGUAUUUCUAUGCACUUGGAAAACGAGAGGUUUUGAGAAGUCAGUCCUCUUAAUGUGCACUUGGUUACAAGCCUUAUGCUGACUUUAACACAAAAUUCAACAUUUAAAAAAAAAAGUUAUCGUUUGAAUUGCACAUCUUUUACAAAACUUACUUUCUCUUUGAGGGAUGAGAAUCUGCCAGAAUAUUUGUUUCUGAUCCAACCAAUUAUUCAGAGCAUAGAUUAUUUUUUUAAAAUACAGCAUCAUGCAAACUGUGUUGGUUAUUUUUUUUGCCUGAAUGUGCCUUUUAAUUUUCAUUGUAUUUUGUUACCGCUGGUUCAUCACCAGGUUUUGUUUAAAAAGAAAAAAAAUAGAUAUAUUAUGGUGCCUAUGGUAUCUUUUUUCACUAAAUGACUUGAGUCAUUUUCACAUUUAGGAAUUUAUUAUAGUAGUAUAAAAUUAAUCACAAAACACAUUUCUAAUGGUAAGUAAAAGUGUAGCCCUCUACACAAAGAAAAAAAUCUAACUGUUUAGUAUCAAACUGUUUUAAGCAGUCAAAUACAUACUACAAAUGAUGCAGGCAAUAGUAUAUGAUAUUUUAUUGAAUAUUGCAGCAUAUAAUGUAUUUUCUGGUAGUGGUAACUUUUAUUUGUGUCAGUUCUUGUAUUUAUUUACAUACUUGACUAAAAGUUGAUGGUAAGAAAGGGCAUAAGUUAUAUUUGAAGACUGACAGUUGUCACCCAUUUUUGUUGCUAACUGCUGUUGCAGUAAUUUUUUACAUUUUUUUUCUGAUUUAAAUCAGUAAUACAUUUUCUAAAACAGGGAAGUCUAAUUUUAAGCAGAUGAGAAAAACAUCAGUAACUUUGGACGUUUGAUAUCUGAUGCUAUGCUACAUUUGAAAUAAUUUUAAGUAAAUUGAUUUGCACAAAACAUGACAGACUGGAUGUGUAUUUGGAACUUCAUGUCUUUAUACAGUUUGUUUACAUUGAAUAAAUUGUUAGUGUCUUUAAAAUAUCAUGGCAUUUUUUGAAACAAAGUUUUAAAUGUGAUCUUGAAUGUGUUUUGUUUUUUAAAACAUUAUAUGUAUUCGGAUAAGCCUGGUAAAAGCCCAUCCCUUAAGUGUUACAGAGGAAGCUUCCUCAUAGACUGUAGUCUACUCUGGUGAACAAUUUAAAAAUCAUAUUGAGGUUUCUCUGUUAAAAACAAUACUAUUAAAUUGGUAUUGACACUCCAGGCCAGUGUUACACUGUCAUCUGAAAUAACUGCCAUAUCCACAAAAUGGUUAGAAAAAUGCAUGUUACGUAGGUUUAAAUUGCUAAUUAAAGUGAAAGCUGUCCUCCAAGUAGCAAAACAAAGCUUUGGAUGGAUUUGUAUGCUUUAUACCUCUUUCCUCUACCAUAGUAGCCUCAGUUUCCUCCUGUGUUUUCUCUUGACAUCUGCUGGGCUUGUCAGAACACAGCCUGGACUUACCUGCAGUGUGUUCUGUUAGGACAAGGUAGGUUUCAUCAUAUUUGAGUUCUUGCUCACUGGAUUCAGGGUUUUCUCCCCAGGUACUGAUUUUUCAUGAAGGUUGCAGGAAUAUAUGGCAACUCCCCCUUUUCUUGAAUGGUUUCAAAAGUUAUUGAAGAACAGUGACAAAUGCAGAGGAAAAAGCUGUGCUAUAAAUUAGUUUAUUAAUAAUAUGAAUCUGUAACAAAUUAAACUUGAAACUGAUUUUGUAUUUAGUGUAUUUAAAAUAUUUUUUAUUAAAAAUAUAUAAGUAAUUUAAAUUUUUGGUGGUACUGUUUAACACUCUACCAGUUCAGAUUAUUUUUCCUCUUUUUCAGGUGCCUUGCUAAAUUAAUUAGUUUCUUAAGUGUACCAGGGAGAGAAAUCUUACUCUAUCCACUGACCUAACUUAGAGUUUCUGCUUGGUAUACAAGCUUUCCUCCUGAAUGCCUCAUUUUGGUUUUGAAAGAUGCUUAUUUCACCUGUAGUUUACCACCUGUGUUUCAGGAGGAAAAAAUUUAUCUUCAACAGACCAUGGUAGAGGCCUCUGUAUGGUUUCCAUUGUGUCUCUUAGUUACCCUUGAAACUAUUAUACAAAGUAUUACAGCUGUGAUGA